AUGCGGAUCGUACGGUCCGUGUCCGUCGCAGCCGCUAAGCGCGCUGUUGGCGCGAGAUCAACGGUCUGGAUUCAUAUCCCGGGGAGCUUUAGCAGGCGCGGAGCGGCGGUGGAAGUGAGUGGGAUAAGAGGGGAAUGGCGAGGGAGUGGGGGAACGGGAGAGAGGAGAACAGAAGCGGGGGUGGCGGAGAGUGGGGGAACAGAAGCGGGGGCGGCGGAGAGUGGGGGAACAGAAGCGCGGGUGGUGGAGGGCGGGGGGAGAGGGGCGGCGCGAGAUCAUGGGAGCAGCGCGGGUCGAGGAGCAGCCGAGAUCAUGAGAUGGAGAAGCGGGAGCGGAUGGGGCAGGGGGGGCGCGGAGUGGGGGAUGGCACAAGCAGCGGGAGCGGUGGCAGGGGGAGCUGGGGAGACAGGGGGAGCAGGGAGGACAGGGGGAGCAGGGGGGGAAGGGGGGGACGGGGGGGAAGAGGGGGAAGGGGAGGAAGGGGGAGCAGGGAGGGAAGGAGCAGCUGGGAGGGCAGGGGGAGCAGUGCGGGGAGGAGCAGCUGGGGGGAACGGGGGAGCAGGGGGGGAAGGAGGGGUAGAGGGAGCGGUGGGGGAAGGGGGCGCGGAAGGGGCAUGGGGGGCAGAGGGGACAUGGGGAACGGGGAGAAUUGGAACGGGGAUAAGGGGAGCAGCGGAAGGACGGCGGAAGGUGGGGGUGGUAAGUGUGAAAGGGGCGGAAAGGGGAGAAAGGGGAGAAGGGGCGGAGGCGGCGGAGGGGGAGGAGGGGUACAAGGGGGUGUAUUGGGUGAGCGGGAGUGGGUAUAAGGGCACAGGGAGGGAUCGACGGCGCGAUGUGAGUGGCGCUCUGGGUAGCAGUGGGGAUGGGGAGAGGUGGAUGGGAGACGGAGAUGAGGGGGAGGAGGAGGAAGAAGAAGAUGAGGAUGAGGAAGAGGAUGAGAAGGAAGAGGAGGAAGAGGAGGAAGAGGAGGAAGAAGGAGAAUAUGAGGAGGAUGAAGAGGAAGAGGGGGAGGAGGAGGGAGAGCCGAGAGGAUGGAAAAGGAAAGAGACUGGGGUGAAGGUCGACGGGGUUCAGGGUUUUAAGCGCCAGGAAUUAUCCCAGGGUCUUUCUGCCGAGGAGAAGCAGCAGAUCUGGAGAGAAUCAAAUCUCAAUCCAGAUCUUCCCCAAGAUGCUGACAGGCCGCCCUGGAAAACUCUUCUGGAGAGACCAGCAGUGCCCUACGUGCGUGACGAUGCAGCAAAAUGGCAACGGAAAAUGGUGGAGAAGCGAGCAAGGAGAGACGCUGAGAGUGACAGAGAUUGGGAGAGGGGCAGGGAGUGGGAGAGGGACAGGGAGUCGGAGCGGGGUUUAAGCGGGGGUUUCGGGGAGAGGGACCAGGAGGGUGCUGCUGACAUGGCAAAGUUAAAGGUGGCGUGGCUGAUUGAUGAGCUGGCGGUGCUGCGGCCGGCAGCGAUCGUGAAGCUGCUGAACGCGCAGCGGGCGUGGAUAGGCAUGGAGCAUGUGGAGGGGGUGGUCAGGGGGCUGCUGGGACGAGAGGAGACUCUGCGGGCUAUCCGGGUAUGCGCUCAAAUGGGCGCGCCAAACCGCCUUCUACGCCCCAAUCCCCUCCCUCUAUGCCUGCCUGCUGUGUCAACUCACUCCCUGUCCCUUUUCUCCCCUUCCCGACCCCCCUCGUCCCCCCCACUGCAGGCGCUGAAAUGGGCGCGCCAAACCGCCUUCUACGCGCCCAUCCCCUCCCUCUAUGCUGACAUGCUAGACGCAGCAACGGCCAAUCAGCACGUGCCACGCGCGCAGGAGCUUUUCGACAUGAUGCUGACUCACGGGCUGGUGCCCCCUAGGCGGAACUACGAGGGGCUGAUCCGAAUGUUCCUAAGAGAAAGGCGACGGUUGCAGGAGGGGAAGGGCCCGAGUGGGGAAGGGGAGGAGGAAGACGGAACUGGAGGUCGGGAGGGGAGCAGAGCGGUGGAGAGCGGUGGAGAGGCUGGGAGAGGGCCCGGGGGGUUCACGGGGUUUAAGGAGAUGAAACAGGCUGAGAAGGCGGCGGCAGAGGUGGAGAGGGGUUGGGAGGUGUACCGGCAGAUGAAGCAGUUUGCCGAGCUCACCCCCAGCAGGGCUGUACAGGAGGAGAUCUGGGCAGCACUGACUGGAGGAGGCAGUGUCACUCUCAGGGGCAGCUCUGGGCGACACCUGGUGAAAGCAGAAGAGUUGCUGAGAGACAUGGAGGCUGGGGAGGGGAUGGGGGACGGGGAGGGGGGAGGGGAGGGGGGAGGGGAAGGGGAAGGAGAAGGAGAAGGGGAGGGGGGUGAAGUGGGGGAGAAGGAAAAGGAAGGGGUGCGUUUGCGUAUUGAUUCCCGUGCCCGUGCCGCCCGGUAUGCGCUACUGUUGCGCCAUGCCGGCCUUGCAGGUGACGUGGCACGCACCGAGAAUUUGCUCUCGCGGAUGCGGGCGGCCGGAAUACCGCCGAAUUCUGCCGCCCUGGAGGCGCCAGUUGUCGCGUGCGCAUUGGCCGGGAAGAGGAGGAAGGAUUGGGAGGGGGGAGGAGUGGGUGGGGGGAAAGGAGGUGAGGAAAUGAAGGGGGGAGGGGGAGGAGAAAGGCUGUUGAGUUUGGCAGAGAGAGCAGAGAGGGGGAUUGAAGAGCUUGAAUCGGAAGGUUUUCUGCCCGGGCAGGUGGUGCUGGCAGCGCUGAUGGAAACUUACAACCACUCCGGGCAGCAUGAAAAAGUUUUGCAGGUGUGGCCGAGAGUGGUGGAGUCUGGUAGCAAGUUUUCUAAAAGGGUGAAGAUAGAUACUGGGAUGGCGGAGGGGGGAGGGGAGGAAGGGGAGGGGGGAGAGGAGGAAGGGGAGGGGGGAGAGGAGGAAGGGGAGGGGGGAGAAGGAGAAUUGGAGGGGGGGGAAGGGAAAUCGGAAGGGGGAGGGGACGGGGCAUGUGAUAUAGUAGCAGGUGGCAAAGCGGUGAUGGUGAGAGCUUAUAACGCGUAUGUGGAGGGUUUGGUGGGUGCGGGGGAGAUGGGGAGGGCGGAGGAGGUGGUGGGGGAGAUGGCAGCUGAGGGAAUCCCUGGGGUGCACCUGAGGGAGGCUUAUCUGUCGCUGCUGAGAGGGUAUGUUCGGAUGGGUGGGAGAGGGGGAGGGGAAGGGGGGGUAGUGGAGGGGAUAGAGCAGGGAGGGGGAAUGGGAGAAGGUGGGGAAGGGGAGUGGAGUGGAGGAGAGGGGAGGGAAGAGGCACGGAAGUCUUUGGAGGCGGUGGGUGGGUGUUUCCGAGCCAUGGUUCAGGCUCGGUGCGAGCCGAACCAGGAGGCUUGGAACCUGUACAUCCGGGCGUUGAUUCAGGCUGGGAAGGUUGAAGAAGCUUUGAAGGUGUAUGGAGCGAUGCAUAGCGGUGAAGAGGCAACAAAGAAGAGAAAAGGGAAAAUCAAGUGUGGGGGGAGGAAGAAGGGGAAGGGGGUAGCGGUGGGUGCAGGGACGACUGAAGGAGGGAGUGAGGGGACGGGUGAAGCAGGGAGAGUUACGGUGAUUGGUUCGGGCUUGGAUGGAGGUUUGGCAGUGAGGUUCGGGCCGAACCAGGAGACGUACAACAUGGUGAUAGCUGCUGCUGGCGCCGCUGGUGAUGUUGACACGGUCCGAUCUGUCUACACCGAUUUGAGGGGUGGCGCUCCUCUUGCUGCCCGUGCUCCUGCUGCUGCUGCUGCUGCUUUCGAGGUAGGGGACACAGAGGAAGAGGGAGAGGAAGAGGGAAACGAAGAGGGAGAAGCUGUUGGGGCAAUGGUGCGAAGCGCGCCUGCAAAGCUUAAAGCCAGACUACUCGGUCCGGCGAGGCAAGCCGCCCUGCGAGCGGUCGGCAGGAGGCGUCUGCUAGCGGACGAAUCCGCAGGGCUGAAGCUCUCGCAGGAGCAGCGGCAGAUCUUAUCCGGGCUGAUCCUCGCUGGCGCUGAUGUGGCGAGCGAUGACGGGGCCGCGACGGCGGCGGUGCGGUUUGCGGUGGCGGCGGGGGAGGAGAGGAGGGAGAGGGUGAUUGAGCACCUGUAUGAGGUGUUUGGGGAGUGGGCUGCUGGUCCGAUUGUGGAGGAGGAGGUGAGUUUAGAUGGGGAUGGGGAUGAGAGUGGGGAGGUGAGGGGAAGAGUGGGAGGGAGAGCAGCGGGCGAGGAGGGGGAGGAAGGGGAGGAAGGAGGGAACAGAGAGGGGGAGGAGGAGGGAAACAAGGAUGGGGAGGGGGAAGAGGGUGACUGGAAGGACCAGGCUGUGGGUACCAUGGGCAGCCUGGGCAGCACGGGCAGAUCGGGCAGUACAACGGGCAGGACGCAGCGAGUGCUGACAUUCAGCACGGUGCCACACCCCUCCCUGGUGUUCUACCUCCACCAGUACCGCCCUGAGAAGCAGGAUGGCCGGGCCGUGGUGCCCCGUCUCGUGCACAAGUGGCUCACCCCCCGCGCCCUUGCCUACUGGUACAUGUAUGCUGGUCAACGCGGUCAACCCAGUCAACGGGGAACACGUGGUCAGCCCGAAGGGUCGAUUAUUCUGGAUGCGGGGAUGUACCAGGCGAAGGAGGUGGCGCUUAUAGUGAAGGCGCUUAAAGCGAGGACUAUUGACUGUGCCCAGAGCAAGAGGGGGAAGGGGAGCAAGGGGCAGCGGGCUGUGAGAUUUUCGGGGCCCUCGGCUCAGUUCCUAUGGAAAUUCAUGGAGCCAUUUGUUUUGGAAGAAGUGAAGGUAGAAUUGAGUCCUGUGGUUGGGGGUAGGAGUGGGGGAGGGAGGAGGGGAGGAGGGAGAGUGGGGUUGGGAAAGUUCACUGUGGGGGAGGGAGGGGUGGUGGUGGGAGAGGAAAAGUUUGUGGGUGGUGCGAAGGGCGUGGCGAAGGAGGAAGCUCGGGAGAGCGAAGAGGACCGGCGGGAAGGCUGGGUGAGUUUGACUCGGGCCGUGAAGGAGGGGAAAGAAGGAGGUUACACUAGUUGA